ACUGUGUUCUGAAUGGAGUCAGCACUGCCUUGAGUGAGUCCUCCUCUAUCUGCAGUGAUUUAAAGGAAGUAUCUGAGAUUGAAGUCAUGAACUCCAUCAGCUGCACAUUUGAUGAUCCAUUUGACUUCACUGAAGAGUCUUGGUAUCACUGUGACAGCAUGCUGCAGACAAGUGGCAACAAGAUACAUGUGGCCAAUAACAUGAUGGACAUGGACCAGGACUCUCGCAAACGGCUGUGCUUUGCUGACGGCCGAAGGAAAGUGGACUAUGUGCUGGUGUACCACUAUCGAAAACGCUCCUCCGUCAGGGGGUCUCCUAGUCAACACAGACUGUCCAUCAUCUCCAAUGGUAGUUAUCCUUUAGGAGUGGAGGAGAAAGACCAAGAGGGAGGGAAGGAUGAACCUGCAGAGGUGGUGGUGGACGUCGGACCCCCGGACCCCGCCGAUGGGGAGAAAAUCAUGAUCCGAGAGGAGUUUGAGGGUAAUUUAAAGGACGCUGGGCUGGAAAUUGAGCAUGAUAAAGAGGUGAGUAGAAGCUGACUA